AUGGUUGAGAAAAAGACUUACGUCCUGAUUACAGGAUGUUCACCUGGAGGCAUUGGACACUCUCUCGCCAAAGAGUUCAAUCGCCAAGGCUGCCAUGUCAUUGCGACCGUGCGAAACACAGACAUGAUCAAGGACCUUGAAGGUCCUGGCAUGAGCUGCUUCCCUCUUGAAGUCACUGAUCCCAAGAGCAUCAAAGAGUGCAUGCAGAAAGUUUCUGACCUCACCGGAGGACGUCUCGACAUUCUCGUCAAUAACGCCGGCCGAACUCAUACCAUCCCCGCGUUGGAUAUGGACCUUGACGACGUUCGCGCCACCUACGAAGUUAACGUCUUCGGCCCCAUGUCCAUGGUCCAAAUCUUCGCACCUCUUCUGAUUGAAGCGCGAGGUCUCAUCAUCAACAUCUCCAGCACUUCCACUUUGGUUCCUUACAUCUUCGGCGCCAUCUACUCCUCCUCCAAGGGCGCUAUCAACGUCUGGUCCCGCGCCCUCCGCCUGGAACUCAAGCCCUUCAACGUGCGUGUCAUGAACGCCGUCACCGGAACAGUACGCUCCAACAUCGCCAGUCGCACACACCGGUCUCUUCCCCAGAACUCACUGUACAAGCCUGUUGAGGACUUCUUUCAGCAGCGAUUGACGUUUAGUCAGCGUACUGCUACGAUGCAGACUGAGACUUAUGCCAGGAAGCUUGUUACUGCUGCGCUAAAGGGUGAGGGGUAUCUGGGUGGGUUGAUUGGAGGUACGCCGGAUUGGUUCUAUGCGGGAGGUAUGGCGACUAAGCAUUGGGAGUUUGAGUAA